CUCCAGAGCUAGGUAGUAUAUCAUCCAUUGCGAAAGAGAGAAAAAGAUGAGCCAAAGCUGUAUUCCUACAGGUCAAUAAAAAGGAUUCGCCAUCAACCAGUGUCUCUUUGCAUUCUCUUUUUGAGACAAGACAAGCAAGCUUUACUGGCUCUCUCUCUCCUUACCGUCUCUAAAGUCAUUGUUACAAUCAUCUUUUCAAGACAACCGUAUUCGCAUUUCAUAAAAUCUCCAUAAUGUCAUCUCUUCGCAAUGCCGUUCAUCGGCGGAACCACAAGGAGCGUGCUCAGCCCCUGGCUCGUCAAAAGUAUGGUCUUCUUGAGAAGAAAAAAGAUUAUGUCGCUCGUGCACGCGACUAUCAUUCCAAACAGGAUCGUCUUAAGGCUAUGCGUGAAAAGGCAGCGUUCCGUAACCCAGAUGAAUUCUAUUUCAAGAUGAUUAAUACCCGGACUAAGGAGGGUGUUCAUAUCACGGAACGCAACCAAAAGUUCUCCCAUGAUUUCUUGAAACUCCUCAGCACUCAGGAUCUGAAUUAUGUGACUCAACAACGUGAUAUUGGACGUAAACGGAUCGAAAGGAUGCAACAGAGCAUGGUUCUUUUGGAUGAUGUGGGUGAUGCACCUGGAGAGUUUGGAGAUGAUGAUGAAGAACCAUCCGGAUCAUUAAACAGCGGCUCUAGUUCGAUACAAAAGCCGAAAAACCAUAUUGUCUUUGUCGAUAACGAAGAUGAAGUCAAGAGUUUUGAUCCCGCAAAACACUUUGAUACUGCACCGGAGCUUGUACACCGGAAAUUCAACCGACCUAGGACAGAACAACUGAAGAAGCAAUUGAUUGCCCCGCAUGUGAACAAGGCAGAGGUCAAGGCCACAGCCAAGGAACGUCAACAGGCCAUGAAGGAGCUGAUUUCAAGGAUGGAAAGGGAAGAAACAAUGUCAAAGUUGGAACAGGAGAUGACCCUUCGUAAAAAUCUAAUGCUCAAGGGCAGGAGACAGAAAAUUGGUGUGGACAAGGAUGGUCUUGCAAAGUAUAAGUGGAAGGCGGAUCGUAAGAAGUAAUGGUAGAAGUUGAAGGUCUUAUUGGGGAGGACAAGAUAAGGCAAGGAUCAACUGUUUUACUUUGUACAUUAGCAAUAAAAAUAAAAAAG